GUGGGUGGCUGGGUGCUGGGUAGGUGCACAUAGCCCAUAUGUAAAUAUUAUGAAAGUAUUUAAGUGUAAAACUAUAUUAUAUAUUUAACAUAAUUACCUAAAAACACAUCAGUUGUGAUACGCUGAUUACGUCGAUACAAGCCGUAGUCCGUAGACCGUAUAUAACAACGCAGAUAAUAAGAUAACGAUAAUGCGAUGUGCUGUAAAAACCCGAAUAUGUCUAUUUUUGGAUUGUAUUGUAAAUGUUGUGGUGGUGAUAUCCACUGGCUAGUCGUUUGGCUACGCCGCUACGGUCGUCACUCGACAUGAUCAUCAGUAUCAAGUAUUAAUAAUUUACGAGAUAAUAAUAAUAUGUUCAUUGUCCAUUAACGGUUGACCAUUGUUCCUUGUUCACUGGCACAGUUCUUAUACAUGGUUUUUUUUUUAUUUUGUUAAUUGUGACCGUAUGUACUAACUAAUAAAUAAUAAUUAUGGAUUCUACAAAACUAAAUAUUUGUCAUUGCGGCAAAAAUAUGAGAAGCUUAAAUUCACAUAAUUAUAGGCUCCACAUUAAAUCAUGCAAGCAACACAAAUUGUCUGAGACUAGUGUCAAAAUCAGUACCUUUUUUAAGGUGAAAACUGUGGAAUAUACACCUAAUGUGAUUGAUGACAUUAUAUUAGAUGAACAUGGUUGUUCUUCAAUGGAUCAAAAUAUUAAAACAGCUACUGAUGUAGAAGCUUUAACAUUAGAACCAUCUAGUUCAUCUUUUGAUACACCUAAUGUGAUUGAUGACAUUAUAUUAGAUGAAUAUGGUUGUUCUUCAAUGGAUCAAAAUAUUAAAACAGCUGAAGAUGUAGAAGCUUUAACAUUAAUACCAUCUAGUUCAUCUUUUGACACACCUAAUGUGAUUGAUGACAUUAUCUUAGAUGAACAUGGUUGUUCUUCAAUGGAUCAAAAUAUUGAAACAUCCAACGAAACUUUAUCAUUAAUAUCAUUUGGUUCAUCUUCGGAUAACAGAUUGACAAAUGAUCCUGGAAUAAUUGUCAAAAUGAAAAAUGUAGGACCAGAAAUGAAGAAGUUGAUUAUAAACAUAGGUCCUUGUCAACCAACUAAAGAUGAUUUUCCUGCUAAAACUUUUCCGAUCGAUAAAAAUGGCCGUAGCUUCAAAGAUUUGUGGUAUUUUCGUUUAUUAACCGACGGAACUAAAGUACUUAGAGACUGGUUAACAUAUUCAGUAAGUCUUGAUAAAGUUUAUUGUUUACACUGCUUCUUGUUUGGAAUAAAUUUACAUGAUAAAUUGGCCAAAUCUUGGACCCAGACUGGCUUUUCUACUUGGAAAAAUGGAAUUUUUGCAAUACAAAACCAUGAAUGUGCCCCCGAUCACAUUUUAUCAUCCUUAAAAUUUAAACUCAGAGAAACCAAUGCUCCAAUUUUACCAGCGCUAGAACAUACAAGAAAAUUUCAAGUUACUUAUAACAGACAAGUGAUUUUAGAGCUAAUAGAGAUAGUACAUUUUCUUGCUCUCCAUAAUUUGGCAUUCCGAGGUCAUCGUGAACAAUGGACAAAUACUAUUAGAGGCAACUUCAAAGAUUUAGUUAUUUUAAUGGCAAAAAAUUCCACUGUCCUGUUUGAACAUAUUUCAAAAAUUAAAAAUGUAGGUAAACAUCAAAUAUCGUUCUUAUCAUGGCAAAGACAAAAUCAAUUGUUAGAAGCUAUAGCUGAAAAUAUUUCUACUAAAAUUAUUUAUGAAGUUCAAACUACUCGCAUAUUUAGUAUAUCUAUUGAUUCAACUUUUGACGAAUCUAAAAGAGAACAAGUGUCUUUUGUAAUUCGAUACAUAGAUGAAGCAAAUGGAGCCGUAAAAGAAAGAUUGCUUGCUCGCAAAGAAUCGCCUUAUACUACAGGAAAAGUAUUAUUUGAUUUAUUUAAAGAUGUAAUGGAGACUAAUAAUCUUAACUGGAAUAAUAAUUUAAUUGGUCAGUCGUACGAUGGUGCCAGUAAUAUGAGGGGCAACUAUAAAGGUCUUCAGGCACGCAUUUCAAAUGACUGCUCUCAUGCAUUGUUCAUCUGGUGCCACGCGCAUAGAUUGAACCUUGUUGUGAAGCAAGCAGUUUCAUGUAAUAAUGAUGCAGUUGAUAUGUUUGGAAGCUUGGAAACAUUAUACGCUUUAGUAUGGACUUCAAAAAAGAGAGUUGCUAUAUUUCGGAAUAAUCAGUCAAAAAGAAAUUAUGGAACACAAUUACAAGCAAUAAAAAGAGUAAGCACUACUAGAUGGAUGUCCCAUGCAGCAGCUCUUGAUACAGUAUUGUCAUUUUUUGAAACCAUUAUUGACACAUUGAUUAACAUUCGUGAUUUAGAAGGUCCCAGUGAUUCAAAAACUGGAUCGACUGCAAGUGGCUUAAUUUUAUACUUUUUAUCCUACAAAUUUUUAAUAACUGCAUUUAGAUUUAAGGAAUUAUUUGAUAUACUUGGACCUAUUAAUAAAAUACUUCAAACUCAAGAUUUUGAUGUCAUUACUGCAACAACAAUAAUAAGUCAAACUAAACCAAGGAUACAAAAUAUGCGUGAAGAUAGUGCGUUUGAAAAAAUAAACAUUAAAGUUGAUAAUUUUAUUAGUGACUUGGAGUAUGAAAUUGAACCAUUAAAAAAUAAACGGUUAAAAAGAGUUCCAAAAAAGUCUGGAGAACUGAGCAUUGAUGAACCUAUAGUUGAACCUAUAAAAAAAUUUAGAAUAGAAACUUAUAACACACUUUUUGAUGUUACACUUACUGAAAUUAAUAGUCGUUUUAAUGUCAUUAGUUGUGGCGUGUUGAACGAUUUAUCACUUUUGACUGAGAAAAGGAUAAUGGAAGUAAGAGAAAGUAAUGUUUUACCAGAUGAUUCAUUUUUAGUAUUUUGUCAAGUAUAUAAUAAAUUUGUUGAUCGAAAUGCUUUAAUAUCAGAAUACUUACAAUUUGUUGUUAAUUAUAAAGAAAUUGAAUCUACAAUCAAACUCAAAUCAAAUUUACACACGAUCAUCAAUGACGAUGAUUUAGACGAAGAUGGAAAUUCAGGCGAUGAGAAUUAUAUAGAUUUUAGUUUAUAUGAUGAAGUAGAAGAUCAAACAUCGAAUUGCUCAAAACAGAAUUUAGCCAGAGUUGGAAAAUUAUUUAAACUUUUCUGUACAGCAUCACUUCAAAAUGUUUUUCCAAAUUUAUAUUUAACAUUGAAAAUAACUGUUACACUUCCUGUAUCGAGUUGUACAGUUGAGAGAUCAUUUUCUAAACUAAAAUUAAUAAAAACUAAGCUCCGUACAACUAUGUGUCAAGACAGAUUGGAGCAAAUGGUCAAAAUAAGUUGUGAACCUGAUAUAUCUCUUGAUAAAUAAAAAAUAAUAGAUAUAUUUGCAAGCAAGUCAACGCCACUCACUAAAUUAUUAAUUAUUUAAAUAAUUUUUAUAAACAAUAUUAUAUUAUAUUAUAAAUAUUACAAAUUUUAAUCAUUACAUUGCAUUUUCACUUUACCUACACAUAUAAUAAGUUUAUUAAGAAUUGUAAAAUAAAAAAUUUCAGAUAUUA